AUGAAGGGUGCUUUCUUGGCCACCGCGGCCGCUCUUGCCGGUACGGCCAUGGCGGACGUCGCUCACAUGCGCCGUCACGACUCUCUUCACCACCGUCGGGCUCUCCAGCCUGAGCCUGAGGAGCAGUGCGGAUGCACCACCGAGGUCAUCACCUACUACGGAAACCCUACCUUGAUCCCCAUCAUCGAGUCGACCUCCGCUCCUGCUGAGCCUACUUCCGCUCCCCCCGUCGAGGCCACCUCCGCUCCCAACCCUCCCGCCCCCGUGGAGAGCACCGUGACCUCCAACGUGAUCACCACCCGUCACUCGACCAGCUACACCACCGAGACCGUGGUCGUCACCCCCUCCACCCCCGCCGGUGUCGAGCCUACCGGUACUCCCGAGCAGCCUACCACUGCUCCCGCGGUCCCCGAGGAGCCCACCACUGCCCCCGCGGUCCCCGAGGAGCCUACUACUGCUCCCGCCGUGCCUGAGCAGCCUACUGCCUCCACCCCGGCCGGUGUCGAGCCUACCGGUACCCCCGAGCAGCCUGCCUCGACCGCUCCCGCUCCCACCCCUGAGGUGACUCUGCCCACCCCCGGUGUGACCAACUUCCCCUCCACCGGUACCUUCACCGUCCCCGCCACGACUGUGACCGUCACCGAUGCCACCACCGUCUGUGGAGCCACCACCACCGACCUGCCCAGCGGUUCCCACACCUACGGUGGUGUUACCACCAUCGUCGAGACCGCCACCACGGUCACCUGCCCCUACGCUACCGUCAAGCCCAGCGGCUCGACCGUGACCAGCGUCAUUGAGACCACCACCUACGUCUGCCCCAGCGCCGGUACCUACACCAUCGCUCCCACCACCACCUACGUGCCCUCCAGCACCGUUGUGGUCUACCCCACCCCGGCCACCUUCACCCCGGGUACCUACACUCAGCCUGAGCAGGUGGUGACCGUCACCCGCACCGACAUCUCCUAUGUCUGCCCCUUCACCGACUCUAACGAGCCCACUUCCACCCCGGCUCCCGUCCCCGAGGCUCCCAGCACCACCCCUGCUGUCUCCCAGACUCCCGUUGCUCCCACCACUACUGCCGUCCCCACCACCCAGGCCGCUCCCUCGUCCACCUCUAGCUCCAAGACUGCCGUCCCCACCGGUGUCAGCGGCAAGCAGAUGGGUAUGACCUACUCUCCCUACACCAACGACAGCCAGUGCAAGUCCAAGAGCGACGUCCUGUCCGACAUCGCCGUCAUCGCCCAGAAGGGAUUCAGCCACGUCCGUGUCUACUCCACCGACUGCAACAGUCUCGAGUACAUCGGCGAGGCCGCCCGCAAGCACAGCCUCCAGCUGAUCAUCGGUGUCUUCAUUGACGGCAGCGGCAUCUCCGGUGCCCAGGAGCAGGUCACUGCCAUCUCCAAGUGGGCCGAGUGGGACCUCGUCACCCUGAUCGUCGUCGGUAACGAGUCCAUCCAGAACGGCUACUGCAGCGCUUCCGAGCUUGCUGGCUUCAUCGCCUCCUCCAAGUCCAAGUUCGAGGCUGCCGGCUACUCCGGCCAGAUCACCACCACUGAGCCCAUCAACGUCUGGGAGCAGAGCGGCUCCGCUCUCUGCAGCGCCAUUGACGUCGUCGGUGCCAACAUCCACCCCUUCUUCAACGCCGAGGUUUCUCCCAAGGAGGCUGGUAAGUUCGCCAAGUCUCAGGUCAAGAUCCUCGAGGGUAUCUGUGACGGCAAGGAUGUCAUCAACUUGGAGACCGGUUGGCCCAGCCAGGGUGAGGCCAACGGUCUCGCCGUCCCCGGUGCCUCCCAGCAGGCCGCCGCCAUCAAGGCUCUGGUUGAGGAGGUCGGCUCCCUGUCCGUCUUCUUCUCCUACUCCAACGACCUCUGGAAGGAUGCCGGCGAGUUCGACGUCGAGCGCUACUGGGGUUGCAUUGACCAGUUCUAA